GAAGCUACGAUAACCAACUCGUGUUCCUAUUCCAAAUCCACCUCCCCGUCCAACCAAAACCCCAUCGCCACGCCACUCCGCCGCGCCGGCAAGCGUUCCGUCCAGCACCUCCCUAGCCCCGCCUCCCCGCCGCCGCUCCCGUCACGCCUCCUCCCCACGCGCCGCCCCUCCCCCCACGCAAGCCCCAACCAUCUUCUCCGUCUGAUCCUGCCUAUAUAUCAGCCACCUCGCCCCACCACACACGGCACACCUGACACCUCAAACUACCUGCCUGCUGACAAGAUGGCCUCCGCCUCUCCGACCGCGUCUGCGUCCGAGCCUGCUGCAGCGAUCGCACCGGCGCCGGCGCCUGAGGGUGAUCCUCCAGCUACCGUCCUGCCGCCGGGCGAGGGGGGCCCUGAGAUCGCCUUCUUCGACGUCGAGACCUCCGUGCCGCAGCGGGCGGGCCAGGGCUACGCGCUGCUCGAGUUCGGCGCCAUACUCGUCUGCCCGCGCAGGCUCGUCGAGGUCGCCUCCUACGCCACUCUCGUCCGCCCCGCCGACCCGGUCUCAGCUGUCUCGGCGGCCUCCGUGCGCUGCAACGGCAUCACAAGGGACGCCGUGUCCGGGGCGCCGCCGUUCCGCGACGUCGCCGACGCAGUCUAUGACCUCCUCAACGGGCGGGUCUGGGCAGGGCACAACAUUGUGAGGUUUGAUUCUGCAAGAAUAAGAGAGGCAUUCACUGAGAUUGGUCGGUCACCCCCUCAACCCAAGGGGAUGAUUGACACCUUGCCCCUACUUACCCAGCGGUUUGGGAGGAGAGCAGGGGACAUGAAGAUGGCAAGCUUGGCAAAUUACUUUGGCCUAGGGAAGCAAAGACACAGGAGUCUUGAUGAUGUUAGAAUGAACCUCGAAGUUCUCAAAUACUGUGCUACAGUUCUGUUCCUGGAGGCAAGUCUUCCAGAGGUGCUCACUGUUGAGAAUCUGGUUGAACGUGCAACAACAAGGAGCCGAGCUAAUGGUAUUGUGUCGCCUGAUUUGCCAAAACCUGAAGCAAACUCUCCACCGGAUUCAUCAAAAAGGCAACGGAUAGUUUCUCCAAUUGACUCUGUGAUACCUGAGGAAGGUAAUCAAAGAACAAGUGGUCCUUCUACCAACAGGGAAUCUGUUGAGUUGGUAUCCCACAUUGAGGAGAUGAAGCUAGAUACCACCACACAUAUGGAUGCAAGUUCUAGUGGUUAUUCUGGAUUUCUUGAGCCAGAUGAUGUUUCGAUUGAAUGUAUUGAAAUCUCAGUUGCUCCAUUACACCAAUUUGGCCGAAGGUCAUCUAUCCAGCACAGAGAUUGCCCACUGCAGCUUUGUUGUGCAGGCUUGAAAGUACAGUUUGGUGUCAGUACAAAGUUUCUUGAUAAUGCAGGGCGUCCAAAGAUGAGCAUAGUGGUUGAGAUCCCUGAGAGUCUCAGUAAAGUUUUAGAAUUCUGCGAUGAUCUUGCUAGGAAGUUAUCUCAGGAAUCUGGUAGCAGUUCUGAAUGGAGACCCCUGAUUAAGAAGUAUGGAUAUGUUAAUCGUCCGACUGUCCGCCUGAACAUCCCUACUAUUGCAAACAGCAAUGCUACAGCCUACUCAACUGAUAUAUGCCAGAAAGAGCCUACUGGCAGCAUCCAGAAACUUGAUUUCAGCAAUGUAGCCACCACAGAAUUGGACUCCCUGUUUGUUAAAGGGAGCAAGGUGGACGCAUUCUUCUCACCGGAGCUAUACGAUUACCAGCAAAAUGCUGGCAUUCGGCUGGUUGCAAAGAGGCUGGUUGUACACUCGAAUUAGCACCAGGCUCAUUUAUUAUAAUUCUAGUGCUAGAAACUAACCAUUGCACAGAUUUAGGGGCCUGAAGGCCACCUUAUGUCUUUAACGAACUGUAGUUUGUAGACUAUGCCGUGAAUACAUGUAAGAUCUGGCCACAAGCAGAUAUUGAUGUUAAAUUAGAAUUCAAAUGUUGCAAAUGUUUUAACAAUCGUGUUAUUUGUGAAUAGAAUGUCCAUUCGUUACUUCUCA